UUCACUGCAACGUGAGCUUAUUUAUAGCAGGCUGUUGUUGUUGCUUGUAGAAAAUGCAGAGUUUGGCACCGAGGCGCGACAUUCCUCCAUAAACAGCAUCUUUUCUUCUGGAUGUUUUAGCAUUCCCUAAAAGUCAAACUUAUUUGAAGUAUGCACCUCACAGACACAGACCUCCCAACACAUGAAUUAUAGACAAAACAGUUUAAAAGCAAUAAACUGUUUUAGGCACUUCGUGCUUUUGGUUCUGAUGUCUGUGCUGUAUAAAUAAAACAAGAUCUAACUGUUUAUUAUGCGUAAACUCGUGCGGUGAUACAUAACCCCUGCUGUCAAAACCUGUUAUGGUUUCAGAAUCAGUGCCUUGGACAAAACGAGCAGGUGGAUUAUCGGGCGCAUCUUCCACUUGAACUGAGAUCUACACAGGCUUUAGGACCGCGGGAGGAGUUGGAUGAGAGGCAAAGUGUGCGCACCUCCACCAUUUAGAAGUUGAGAGCUUGUCUUGAACCUGCUCUGUUUGCCACUCGUGUCCCAGGUCUGCUGCUCCAUGGAUGCAACGCCAGUCUUCGGCACACGGAUGAUUGGGUGCGAUGCAUUUACUGGGUGAUCCUUGUUGACUUUCAUCCCUUUGGCAGAACGCAAACAACCUCAAUGCUGAGGGAGAACACAAAUAUGUGCAAAACAAGACGGCUCUGGUCUGACUUUUGAGCACCGUGCCUGUGUCUGUUCUCUUCGAGAUGAGGCUGUGGGGCAGAGCCACAGCUCUCCGGAGGGGAAUGAUCUGUCUCUGGCUGCUGCUCCUCGGAUUCGCUCUGGCUACGCUGACGCUCUCGGAUCUCUUCAACCGCGACCGCAGCCUCCAGAAACCUGGCCCACCCCGCCGCCCUUUGCACCAGAUCCCCGGUCCAGCAGAGCUGGAGGUCAUCGUGGACUCCCGAGAUCCUGCCCUGGAACUCGGCGUCGACGCGGCUCCGCUAAAAUCUCUGCAAGAGGACCAACUUUUGUUCGUGCCUUCCACACAAGGCACCAAGAGCCCGCCGCAGAAGAAAGGGAACUACAAGGUGCUUUUGCCCGGAGUAAACAAGGAGACCACCGUCUCUGGACCUACAGCGCACGGCGAAAUGGGUAAAGCCGUGCAGCUGCACCUGAAGGGACUGGAGAAGGACAUGGAGCUGACCGCAGUACAGAAAUACGGUUUCAACGAGGUGGUCAGCGAGAGGAUUUCAUUGCAUCGCAAGCUGCCAGAGACGCGUCAUCCAGAGUGUUUUGGGGAGCAAUACAGCGAGUCUCUGCCGUCUGCCAGUGUUGUGAUUUGUUUCCAUGACGAGGCAUGGUCCACGCUCCUGCGCACUGUGCACAGCGUGCUGGACACGGCGCCCGGACAGCAUCUGCGGGAGGUCCUGCUGGUGGACGACCUGAGUCAGUACGGUCACCUGAAGACCGUCCUGAGUGAGUAUGUGUCUCACCUGGAUGGAGUGCGUUUGAUUCGCAGCACCAGGCGCCUGGGCAUCGGAGGGUGUCGUACACUGGGUGCUGCCAGGGCAGUAGGGGAGGUGCUGGUGUUCAUGGACUCCCACUGUGAAUGCCAGAAGGGUUGGCUGGAGCCGCUGCUGGAGAGAGUAGCCCAGGACAGGACCAGAGUGGUGUCCCCCAUCAUGGAUGUGAUAGACUGGAAGACCUUUCAGUACAAUGCCACCCAGUGGCCUGUUAGGGGAGUGUUCGACUGGAGGCUUGACUUUUACUGGGAGUCAAACCCUCAAGUGCAAGAAAAGGAUCCAGAGGUGGCUGUUCGACCUAUCAGGAGCCCUGCUUUAGGAGGAGGAGUCGUGGCCAUCGACAGACAUUUCUUCCAAAGUGUGGGGGCCUAUGACCCCGGGAUGCUGCUGUGGGGGGCGGAACAAAUCGAGCUAUCAAUCAGGGUGUGGUCAUGCGGGGGCUCCAUGGAGGUGGUUCCUUGCUCCCGCGUGGCCCACCUCAGUCGCCACCACCUGCCGUUCCGCUUCCCAGACCAGGACCUGCUUCAGAAGAACAAGAUCCGAGUAGCUGACAUCUGGAUGGACGCUUACAGGAAGAUCUUCUACAGGAGAGACACGCUCGCUCAUUUCAUCAGGCAGUCUGAAAACCCAAACAUCGCGGAGCGUCUGCGUCUGAAGAGGAACCUGGGCUGUAGGAACUUCCACUGGUUCCUGACUACGGUCUAUCCAGAGCUCUAUAUCCCGCAGGACAGGCCUGCUCUGUCAGGAGAGCUCUACAAUGUCGGCACUGGCAGAUGCGCGGACUUCCACCUUGGGCAGGGGCUGCAGGGCGCGGGCAUGAGGGUAGCACCAUGCAGCGGGACAGGUAGCCAGCACUGUGACCUAAACUCUGAGGGUGAAGUACGAUGGGGUUCAAGGGGAGCUUUGUGUCUGGACACCAAGGGCGAGAUGGUGGUCCUCUCGCCGUGCCCCCUUCACCGGCCAACCAUCAGCAGACUCCAGUGGAAGUUCAUAAAGCUGAGUGGCCAGCUCGUUCACCAGCAGUCCCAGUUAUGUCUGGAGGCUGUGAAGGAAGGAGGGCUCCUGCAAAGCAGCCCAAGAGAAAUCUACAGCAGCACAGGAGGCCUAUUCCUGCGCCAGUGCACGCACCAUCCCAGGCAACAGUGGCACUUCGAGCAGCUAGUGGCCCCUAAAAGUGCCUGACGCAAAGAGAAGCAGCUCGGACUAAAUGGGACACACAUCUUAGUAGGCUCCAUUGAAAUGAAACUAUUCACAGUGGCAUCCAGCACGGUCAUAGUGGUGUAGAAAGACAUACAAAAUAUAAUUAUCGUAGCUGCUUUGCCGCUUCCUUCGCCGUUUUGCUCCUGUUUUAAGGAUUGCAAUGAUCACCAAAUCAAUUAAAUAUUUAAAAAAACUAAUGAUCUGUUUGGAUCAUAGAUGUUGUUAUAUGUUUGUUUGUAUUUAUGUAUAUUUCAUCACAUACGAUAUUAACUAAUUUGUAGAUAAAAUUCCCUUAAAUUAUCUUUCGCUUCAGUAAUUGCUUUUACCAUUUCAGGCGUAUUUCCUGUGUGUGUUUCUAAAACAUUUAAUAAUAGAAAGAAGAAUGUUGUUCUCCACCGUGACUACUGUCUAAUAGACCUCAGCAAAUAAAAGACUCGGUAAAUAAAUAAAGAAUGAACAGAGGUAAUUUUUCAA